AUGGAUGAGACAUGGGUCCACCACUACACGCCAGAAAACAAACAGCAGUCGAAGCAGUGGGUGGAAGCCGGUGGNUUGGAAGCCGGUGGUUCAGCGCAAAAGAAAGCGAAGUCGAUCGCAUCUGCCGGAAAGGUCAUGGCCAGAAAACAGCGGGAUUUGAGGUACGAUUUGCUCGGCCAUCCCCCCUAUUCUCCUGAUUUGGCACCCUCGGACUUCCAUCUCUUCCCAAAUCUGAAGAAAUUUGUUUCUGGAAAGCACUUCGCAUCCAAUGAGGAAGUUGAGAGGGCCGUAGAUGAAUAUUUUAACAGUCUUCCAGAAUCUCACUUCCGGGAAGGAGUACUGAUGUUAGAGAAACGCUGGAUCAAGUGUGUUGAAGUUAAGGGAGAUUAUGUAGAAAAAUAA